UAAACAAAAGACAGACGCAGAAGGACUUAGAACAUGCCAUGCUACUCCGGCAGCAUGAAUCCAUGCAAGAACUGGAGUUCCGCCACCUCAACACAAUUCAGAAGAUGCGCUGUGAGUUGAUCAGAUUGCAGCAUCAAACUGAGCUCACUAACCAGCUGGAAUAUAAUAAGCGAAGAGAACGAGAACUAAGACGAAAGCAUGUCAUGGAAGUUCGACAACAGCCUAAGAGUUUGAAGUCUAAAGAACUCCAAAUAAAAAAGCAGUUUCAGGAUACCUGCAAAAUUCAAACCAGACAAUACAAAGCAUUAAGAAAUCACCUGCUGGAGACUACACCAAAGAGUGAGCACAAAGCUGUUCUGAAACGGCUGAAGGAGGAACAGACCCGGAAAUUAGCUAUCUUGGCUGAGCAAUAUGAUCACAGCAUUAACGAAAUGCUCUCCACACAAGCCCUGCGUUUGGAUGAAGCACAGGAAGCAGAAUGCCAGGUUUUGAAGAUGCAGCUGCAGCAGGAACUGGAGCUGCUGAAUGCAUAUCAGAGCAAAAUCAAGAUGCAAGCUGAGGCACAACAUGAUCGAGAGCUUCGGGAGCUUGAACAGAGGGUCUCCCUCCGGAGGGCACUCUUAGAACAAAAGGUAUAAGUAAUAGAAGGGAAAAUCAUUGUUUUCAAAUUAGCUUUUGUCAAAAGCGUUUUGUAAAUAUAUUUUCAUGUUGGCAGGGGUCACAUUAGAUUUCUUUCACAAAACCACAUUUCCUGAAUUCUGGUUAUGGCAGCAGUUUUUUCUUUAAAAUUACUGAUUCACUGAUGAACCUUAUCAUUAAUGAGCUCCAGAAAUCAAGGGAAUAUAAUUAAGUAGUAAUUACUAGAGAAAAGAUAUGGGUGUGUAAAGACAGUCAGUUGAAUUUGAGAGUAGCAGCUAUGAAUCCAUGUUCCUCACUUCUGUGUUCCUAGCUUGCUCUACCUAAGGAGGUUGGAGAAAGACUUAAAUAGUGAAGAAAGAGAGCUGCAUUAAUUGCCUGAGAGAGCCAGGGACAAAGGAUCAGGAAUAUAUACUUUACUCAUAUAUCCUUGGCCUGGAGCUAUACAGAUUGGUAGAGGAUUACUGAGGGAUAGAAGGUAAAAUCAGUUCCACACAGGUGAAAAGUCAGGCUGAAAAAAUGUUGUUUCUAGAUGCACAUCUUUACUUUUUCUGAAUUAUUCUUGUCAGAUAUAUUAGAAAAUAGAACUAGAAUCCCCAAAUUUCCAUCCUUUGGGAUACUAAGGUAUGUGUGUGUGUAUUAGGGAAAAGGGUGAUGGACAAAAGGUUUUGAAAGGUAAAGAGAAGAAAGGCAUUUGUUGCAAGAAGUGGAGGUUAGGCUGGGCUUAGGCCUCCCAGCACUUUGGAAGCCAAGGCGGGAAGAUGGUCUGAGCCUAGGAGUUCGAGACCAGCCUGGGCAACACAGGGAGACCCUA